AUGGAUCAAUCCAUGACUCUCAUCGAUGCACAAGUGCACUUCCUAGAGGAAUGUGUUGUCCUGGUGCACAUCCCAUUGGAGUUGUACCCCUACUUUUUAAAAUCUGUGAUAGGACUCAUUUUUGAUGAAAUUCCACCACUGGAAAACGAGAAAGAUGAGAAAGAUGAUGCAUUGGAUAAUUUCGAAAAUGCCUCUGAGUAUGACUCGGCGUACAACCCACCUGCAUUCAUGAACGUCUCCAUCACUCCUGUCGAAGUCUCUGUCAUGUGUCCUAGACGCCUGGUCAACAAAUACUUCGUCCCUGUCAUGGAAAAGCUCGACCAUUUGGAUGUUUCACUCCGAUCGCGUCUGAUCGUGAGUGAGAACGAUUAUAUCGCCAUGCAAGUCCUCGGUGAAGGCCUCGAAGCCGGCCAACGAGUAUUGGAAUUAACCAGUCCGCUCGCCCUGGCAGGCAUCCCCAUCUUCUUCAUCUCCACCUACUUCUCCGACUACAUCGUAGUCCCAAAACAAGACAAAGCAAGCAUGAUAUCCGCCCUAGAAAAAAGAGGCUUUCAAUUCAACAACACCUCGGCAGCCUCUACCACCAGCCCACUCAGCCCAACCACCGAAAGAAGACUCAGUGACCUCAUCCCACCAGAAACACCCCCACCCUCAACCCUGGGCGAACUCCAAGCCCAUACCUUCGACAACCUCCGCAGACAUCAAAUCACCCCAUCCGUAGAUGACUCCCUCCGUCUAGUUCAAUGCGCUGCCCAUCACGAAUACCACAGCCAGGAAUCCUCAAUGUCCAUCCUCCGCGAUGCCCUAACAACAGUCCUCCUAGUCGACGAGCCCCGCUUCCUCUCCCUGACCCUCGCAGCCCUCGACCCAGCAGCCUCCCUCCUGCUGGAGAAGCGUCUCCUCCCCCGCUUCGCCCGCCCAUCAACUUCCUCCGCAGGGACCCGCAUCUACGAAGACGGCUCCGGUCUCCUCUUAGGCUCAAAGGAAGAUCACCUAGUCCCCAUCACCCUAGAUCUCCGCGACCUGCCCCUCGAGGCCUCCGGUAUCGUCUGCGGCCUUGCAGGCCGUCUUGCGGCCGCAGCUACCCUCCCGCUCUCGUCGCAUGCAGCCCCUGCCGGCGGUUGUGCGAGCAGCGUCGUCGGCUCCGUGUCUGGGUUGUUUGAUUCUUUCGGUGCACGUCUAGCCGCUCUCUCUAUUGAUAAAACUUCUACCCCCGCCCCCGCUCAUGGAUUGCAGCCCUUGGCCCACUCGACACAUCAUCUGCGGCCUGAUGUGGAUGUCGCGGAUGCGGUAGAAAUUAGUUUCUUGAGUACGGCGCGCGCCGGCACGAUCAUUGUUGGUGAGGAUGAACUUAGGAGGGCUAUUGAUGCUCUUGAGGAGGAGAAAAUUCAAUCACCUAGGCUUGAUGGUAUUGGGUUCGAGUCGAAGACACCGCCUGAUAGUCCGCAGUAG